AUGGAAGCCAUGCUAGAACGAUUCUCAAAUUACCCUCCAUCUACAAUCAAAGAUGAAAUCAUCUCACGAUUAGUGAGCGAGAUAGGGGUUCAGGGCAGAGCCUUUAGAACCCUCACGAAGGCUAGCAUGGCACAGUGUGCGGGAUUGAUCAAACUUACUACAGACGUUAUCGUUAACUUUGAGACACUCUCGUCCAAAGGUUCAAAUUUCUCAUUACACUCAUCUGAAAUGACCAUCUCGGAGGUACUUAAAGAAUGUGAUCAGAUCCGAAAAGGCUACAGCGAUAUAUCUAACAAUCUGCAUCGAAUAUCUGGUGAUUUCCAGAUGUAUAAAUCUAACCUCGAAAAGGAACUAUACGUGCUUCAUCAGGAAGCCACCA